CGUUGGAUUAAAUGCCAAACUAUCGUCUAUUCAUCAUGCAAUCCCCCAGGGACAGAUACAGUCGCUCGCGGAGAGGAGACAUAGGAAAGAACCGACCAUGGAGAAGACCAGGUGUCAUCCAACCACCUUCUCCUCGACUCGGACCUGUCUUGAGUACUAUCGAGCCUGGUGAUCUGCAUCCUUUAGAAGAUGACUGGAAAAUUACCGAUGUCCGUGAUGUUGCAUCAUACAACUGGUUGAAUCGGAAGACUGCAACAAUUAUGAUCCCCGGGAGGCCACCUGCCUGGACUCCUUUGUCUGAACCUAGCAAACUCAGAGAAGACGCGGGUCAAUACUUUCGUGACCAGAAUGCCGCCCGAUACCCUUCCCAUCCCUUCCAACCUGCAGUUGAGGCGAUUUUUGAAGCGUGUCCAGACUUCCCCACUGCCGAAGUCGACAUUGUGGGCUGUGGUAGUACAUUGGGAAAUCUGCUGCGCUUUGCCAGGAAUAUUGAUAAGAAGUUUCGGUUUGUCGUGCAGUGUGUUGGAAAGACAGUCUUCCUGAUCCGCAGAGAGAAUUCACCCACUCAGACAAUUCCGGACGUUCGGGGGUACGGUCAUACAUUCCCAGAGGCCUACACCACUUGGGAUGCAGAGGUCAAAGGGUCCGAAUCACAUCAGCGGAUUAUUCAGUAUUCUCUUGGAGGAUUGAACUGUCUCGUUCGGUUUGAGGCGGAUGGGUAUCACCUUGACUUGAUUGCCGAGAGAAACCAAGAAGACACUACAAAACAUGGCGGUUCUGCGAAGGACAAGAGGAGAGUCCAUCAACUCCUUGAUGCUUUCAAUGAUAUCUCAAUCAGUUCAUAUCAUUCAAUCGACAGGGCUUUAACUAAGGAGAUUGGAGGAGUCUAUAUUCCCCAGUCAGCCAUAUUCGACCUCAAAACCCGUUCGAUCCGCAGGAAGGACCAGGACUUUCUGGCGGACGAGCUGCCUCGAUUGUGGAUUUCCCAAAUUCCUAACAUGAUCCUGGCCUUUCAUCGUUCAGGAGUGUUUGAAGAAAUACAAAAGACUGACACCCGAGAGAUGAUCAAAAAGUGGGAAACAGAGGAGCAAAACGACCUGCGUAAGUUUGUGGCAUUGUUGAAUAUGUUGAUAGCGUUUACGAGGGGACAGCCCGGUGGUCGGCUAGAAGUGUUCCACGAUGAAGGCAGCUCAGUCCUAGAGUUAAGGGAGGUUGAGGAAAGUUUCAACAAUGUUCUACCGGAGGAGGUUGAAGACAGGUGGGUUUUGAACAGUUGACUUAAGGGAUGAAUAUGUGUUCCUGAAGCGACGGAUGAAUUUGCUUUUAAUCCGAAACGUCUAUACCACCUGUCCUGCGUCGAAGUGUAGAGGAUCUGAGUAUUAUCGAUACUUUUAAUGUUUU